AUGGCACCACUACUUCGCCCUCACACUGAAGGGCUUGGUACCAUUGCGACGCUUCUAUUCAUCUCAUCUGCAUUUCCAAGCUACUCUCUUGCAGCUGCAAGUAGCUUUGACGUGCUAGAUUAUGUUGAUCCGCUCAUUGGAACGGCAAAUGGAGGACAUGUCUUUGCUGGCGCAACUUUGCCUUUUGGUAUGGCCAAGGCUGUCGCAGAUACAGUGGGCGAAGAUGAGGCAGGUUUCGCAUAUGAUGAUCCGACUGUCACUGGAUUUUCGCAUAUGCACGACUCUGGAACCGGUGGCUCUCCAUCAAUGGGAAACUUCCCCAUCUUUGCUCAACCUGCCUGUCCCCGCGAUGACAUCAACCAAUGUGUCUGGCAACAAAAUGACCGAACUAUAGCGUGGAAGCCUAACUCUGUAAAAGGUACCCCUGGAUAUUUUUCCAUUGCUUUGGAGAAUGGCGUCACUGCUGAAAUGACAACUACCAAUCGAUCGGCCCUGUACAGAUUCACGUUUGAGCAAUCGUCGAAUAGCUCAUUGGGUCCUGUGAUUCUGGUAGAUUUGAUGGAUCUACCACAAUCCCGCACAAAUGGUACUGCUGUUGUUGAUCCAUCAACCGGGCGAUUGAGUGGUAACGGCACAUUUAACCCCAGUUUCGGUGUUGGAAGCUACGACCUACACUUCUGCGUUGAUUUCAAGGGCGCUGAGCUACGCGACACCGGUGUCUGGACCAAGAAUCGUGCCAACCUUAGCCAGGAAUACGUUUCAAUGUGGGCUGACGGAGUCAACACACCGGCGACUCUGUCUGGGGGCACAUUUGCAAGAUUCCACCCUCCCGAGAACAAUACUAUUUUGGCUCGUGUUGGUGUGAGCUUCAUGAGUGUUAGCCAUGCGUGUGAAAAUGCGGAAACUGAACAGCCUAACUUUGACUUUGAUGGAACAGUGACAGCAGCCGAAGAAGCUUGGAGGAAAAAGUUGAAUGUGAUCUCCAUUGAUGCUGAGGGAGUUUCGAGCGACCUCCAGACUGUUUUCUGGAGUGGAGCCUAUCGCGCAUUCAUCAGCCCCCAGGACUAUACCGGUGAGAAUCCACUAUGGGAAAGCAGCGAACCGUACUACGACAGCUAUUACUGCAUUUGGGACUCUUAUCGCAGCAUCCACCCUCUCUUGACCUUGGUGGACCCACUGUCCCAGUCACUGAUGAUGCGGAGUCUUGUUGACAUCUACCGACAUGAAGGCUAUUUGCCUGACUGCCGUAUGUCCCUUUGCAAGGGAUAUACCCAAGGAGGCUCUAAUGCCGAUGUGCUCAUGGCAGAUGCCUAUUUGAAGAAGGUCAUUGAUAUCGAUUGGGCUACUGCUUACGAGGCCGUUGUCAAGGAUGCUGAAGUUGAGCCGGCAAACUGGAAUGUUGAAGGACGCGGUGGUCUCCACAGCUGGAAAGGUCUUGGCUACAUUCCAACCGAUGACUAUGACCCCUAUGGAGCUGGUCUUCACACUCGCAGCGUUUCGCGAACGGUUGAGUAUGCGUACAAUGACUUUUGUAUCGCCGAGAUGGCCAAGGGAUUGGGACAUUCUGCCGACCACGACAAAUACAUAUCACGCUCUGGAAACUGGGUCAAUAUGUUCAAGGCCGACCAGAAGUCCAGUGUCAAUGGAGUCAUGACUAAUUACACUGGAUUUUUGCAGCCUCGGUAUACGAAUGGUACCUGGGGCUAUCAAGACCCAAUCUUUUGCAGUCCUCUUUUGAACUUCACUUCAUGCUAUCUGAGCACUGAUGGCCACGAGACAUAUGAAGGCAGUUCAUGGCUUUAUAGCUUCUACGCUCCACAUGACAUGGGUGCAUUGGUCGAAAGUCUCGGUGGCAUGGAAACAUUCACUUCUCGACUCCAGUUUUUCCAUGAAUCUGGACUGCUAUAUGUCGGUGAUGAGCAGUCAUUCCUGACAAUCUAUCAGUUCCACUACUCAGGACGUCCUGCCUUAUCUUCUCACUACAGCCACUCUUACAUUCCAUCCCAAUUCAACACCAGUGUCUCAGGCCUCGCGGGUAAUGAUGAUAGUGGUGCUAUGGGAUCAUUCAUUGUGCUGAGCAUGAUGGGCCUAUGGCCAGUCCCAGGACAGGAUGUUUAUCUUAUUACUCCGCCCUAUUUCAAAGAGGUGAAUCUUACAAACAGUCUGAACGGAAACGUUGCGACGAUUCGAAACGUGAACUUUGAUCCGACUUACGAGUCGAUCUACAUCCAAAGUGUGACAUGGAAUGGAAAGCCUUGGUCAAAGAAUUGGAUUACUCAUGACUUCUUUGCUGAUGGUGGCGUUCUUGAGCUCGAAUUGGGCAGUGAGGAAAGCGAGUGGGGAACGAGUAUCGAAGACCUUCCCCCUAGCAUAUCGGACUACCAUACAUGA